AUGAGUCACAAAGAGCAACAAACAGACACUGAGACGAAGAACAGAGACACAAACCUGCGUCACAUCUGUAGACCACUGACCCAAAGACUGGGUCGCGACCCUAAAGUCCAGUUCUCAAAACUGGAGGAGCGAAUUUUAAUUUUUGUGCAAACUGAGCUAAGUAGGUUACAGGAAGUUCUAACGGCAGAGGAACCAGAGUCUUUGGCACUUGAGAAGGAGGAUGAGGCAGAAAUUAAAGAUGCCUUUCUGAAGAUCGCCCUGAGCUUCCUGAAGAGUAUGGAACAGGAUAAAAUAGCGGAGCAUCUGCAAAACAGACAAUGUGUUUUCAAAUGUCAACGUGAACUGAAAUCUAAUCUGCGGCACAGAUUCAGUCGUGUGUUUGAGGGCGUGGCUAAAGCAGGAGACUCCGUCCCCCUGACCCAGAUCUACACAGAGCUCUACAUCACAGAAGGCGGCGCCUUAGAGGUCAACCUGGAACAUGAGGUCAGGCAAAUGGAAACCAUGUCCAGGAGACCAUCCACUACAGAGACCACCAUCGCAUUUGAAGACAUCUUUAAACCCCGCCCACAUUCACCAGAGAAAAUUAGAUUUGUGCUGACGAAGGGCGUGGCCGGCGUGGGGAAAACAGUGCUGACUCAGAAGUUCAGUCUGGACUGGGCUGAAGGCCGGGCCCAGCGGGACCUCCAGCUGCUGUUCCCGUUCACUUUCAGAGAGCUCAAUGUGCUCAGAGACACACAGUUCAGUCUGGUGGAGCUGCUGCACCACUUCUUCAGUCCAUCCAAAGAUCUCUGCAGCUUCCAACAGCUCCAGGUGCUCUUCAUCUUUGACGGUCUGGACGAGUGCAGACUUCCUCUGGACUUCAGACGAACCCGGGACCUGAGCGACCCCACAGAGUCCGCCUCAGUGCACGUGCUGCUGGUGAACCUCAUCAGGGGGAACCUGCUUCCCUCCGCUCGCCUCUGGAUAACCACACGCCCCGCCGCGGCCAAUCAGAUCCCUGCUGAGUGCGUCUCCAUGGUGACAGAGGUGCGAGGGUUCAUCGACCUGCAGAAGGAGCAGUACUUCAGGAAGAGGUUCAGAGACCAGGCCACAGCCAUCAUCAAACAUAUCAAGAGCAUCCACAGCCUCUACAUCAUGUGCCACCUCCCGGUCUUCUGCUGGAUCCUCUCCACAGUUCUACAGAAGCUUCUAGAACAAACGGAGACACCAGAGCUGCCCCGGACUCUCACACAGAUGUACAUCCACUUCCUGGUGGUGCAGACCAAAAUCCAGAACAUCAAGUAUCACCAGGGAACAGGGGCGGACCUUCACUGGACUCCAGAGACCAGGGAGAUGGUGUGGUCUCUGGGAAAACUGGCCUUUGAGCAGCUGCAGAAAGGAAAUCUGAUCUUCUACGAGAGCGACUUGAGUGAGUGUGGGCUGAAUGUGGAAGCAGCCUCCACGUACUCCGGAGUGUUCACACAGGUCUUUAGAGAGGAGCCAGGCCUGUACCAGGACAAGGUCUACUGCUUCAUCCAUUUGAGUUUGCAGGAGUUUCUGGCUGCUCUUCACGUCCAUCACACCUUCUACAGCUCUGGGAAGAAUCUUCUUCAUGACAGAUCACCCUCUUUCUUUGAAAAAUCUUUCAGAAGAAGGCCUGAAGUUCUCUACCACUCUGCUGUGGACCAGGCCUUACAGAGUCUAAACGGACACCUGGACCUGUUCCUGCGAUUCCUCCUGGGGCUGUCUCUGCCGACCAAUCAGAAGCUGCUGCAGGGUCUGCUGACUCAGACAGGAAGUGAACGGACCAAUGAGGUGACAGCAAAGUACAUCAAACAGAAGUUGGAUGAAGAGGGUCUUUCUGCAGAGAGAAGCCUGAACCUGCUCCACUGUCUGAACGAGCUCAACGACAACAGUCUGGUGGCGCUGAUGCAGUGGUACAUGAGAGGAGGAGGUCACUCUAUCAGAUACAUGUCUCCUGCUCACUGGUCGGCUCUGUCCUUCCACUUACUGUCCUCAGACUCAGACCUGGAGGAGUUUGACCUGAGGAAAUACCAGGCCUCAGAGACAGCUCUCCUGGGUCUGCUGCCGGUGGUCAAAGCCUCCACCAAAGCCCUUCUUUGCGGCUGUGGCCUGUCCCCUCGCAGCUGUCGUCCUCUGGCCUCAGUCCUCAGCUCCUCCAGUCUCACCCAUCUGGAUCUCAGUGAAAACAAUCUUAAGGACUCAGGAGUGGAGACGCUGUGUUCUGGACUGAUGAGCACCUCCUGCAAACUGGAGACACUCAGGUUGUCUGGAUGUCUGGUCUCAGAGAGGGGCGGAGCUGCUCUCGCCUCAACUCUGAGCUCCACCCAGUCCCACCUGAGAGAGUUAGACCUCAGUUACAACAAUCCAGGACGUUCAGCCAAGUUCCUGACCGCGCAACAGGACGACCCCAAAUGUUCCUUACAGUCUGUCAGGCUGGAUCCUGCUGGACAGCGCUGGAUGGUCCCAGGUCUGAGGAAAUACUCCGGUGAAUUCUCUCUGGACCAAAACACGGCUCACAGAAACCUCCUCCUGUCCACAAACAGAAAGAGUCUAACUGUGAGCUACGUGGAGAAGCCACAGUAUCCAGACCACGAGGACAGGUUCACAGACUGGCCUCAAGUCCUGAGCUGCACUGACCUGAGGGGGCGCUGUUACUGGGAGGUGGAGUGGAGUGGGGCAGUUUCUAUAGCAGUGAGUUACAGAGGAAUCAGACGGAAAGGAAGAGGAACGAAUAGUCGAUUUGGAUACAACGAUCAGUCCUGGAGUCUGAAGAUCCGUGAUAAAGAGUACUCCGUGUAUCACAACGGAAAAACCUUCGUCAGUGGCGUCUUCUCCUCGUACAGAGUCGCUGUGUUCCUGGAUUCUGAGGCUGGAGCUCUGUCCUUCUAUGAGGCUUUCUCUGACGGAAAACUGCUCCACCUCCACAGCUUCUCCUGCUCCUUCUCUGAGCCUCUGUUUGCAGGGUUUGGAGUGUGGACUGGUUCUAACGUGACUCUGAUUAAUCUGAAUACAUGGCACGGCCUGGAGGACAGACCUCGAACCUGA